AUGGCAGUUUUGCUGACUUUUUGGGCAUGUUUGCUUGCCGGGUCAUUGACAAUAAGCUCAGGCCAAUCAUUAAGGAGAAUAAGCCUGAAAAAGAUGUCCUCUAUCAGGGAGACACUGCAGGAUAUGGGUGUUUCAGUGGAGCAGGUGUUGACGGAGCUAGCACAGAUGAGCUCACAAGACCUCAGCAAUGGAACUGUUCCCACUCCUCUGACCAACUAUUUGGACACUCAGUACUACGGAGAAAUCAGUAUUGGCUCUCCGGGUCAGCUCUUUAACGUAGUAUUUGACACAGGCUCAGCCAACUUGUGGGUUCCCUCGCAGAGCUGCUCCCCUUUCUCCACAGCCUGCUUUACACACAACAGGUAUGACGCCUCCAUGUCUCACACUUACAUGGAAAAUGGAACAGGAUUUUCCAUCCAGUACGCCUCGGGGAACGUCAGGGGAUUCCUUAGUGAGGAUGUGGUUGUGGUGGGCGGAAUCCCUGUGGUCCAGGUGUUUGCUGAAGCGACCACCCUGUCUGCAAUGCCGUUUAUCUUUGCAAAGUUUGACGGCGUCCUGGGGAUGGGCUACCCUAAUGUGGCUAUUGAUGGCAUCACUCCAGUGUUUGACCGCAUCAUGUCCCAGCAUGUUCUAGAGGAGGAGGUAUUCUCUGUUUACUACAGCAGAGAUCCCCAACAUUCCCCUGGUGGAGAGCUGGUCCUAGGUGGCACAGAUCCAAACUACUACACUGGAACCUUUAAUUAUAUGGAGACGAAGGAGAUGGGCAAGUGGGAGGUUGUGAUGAAAGGUGUUUCCGUGGGAACAGAAAUGAUAUUUUGUGCAGAAGGUUGCACAGCUGUGAUCGACACAGGCUCCUCCUACAUCACAGGCCCGGCUUCCUCUGUUUCUGCUCUGAUGAAAAGCAUUGGGGCACAGCUUGAUGAAAGUGGUUACAAAGUCAACUGCGACACUGUGGAGACACUCCCGAGUAUUGCUUUUCACCUUGGUGGCCUGGCGUACUCCCUCACAUAUGAGGAUUAUAUUCUAUGGCAAUCCCAGAUCGAGGGCGAGGUCUGCAUUGUUACCUUCAGGGGCUUGGAUGUGCCACCACCGACAGGUCCCAUUUGGAUUCUGGGAGCCAACUUUAUUGCCCGCUACUACACAGAAUUUGAUCGACGCAGUAACCGCAUUGGCUUUGCUGUAGCAGUCUGA